CUUUAUUGUUGUGUACAACGUUUGUUGAAUUUUGUGUAGCAUACUAGAUAUCAAAAUACUACGUAUCCAUAAUUAGUUCCUUGAGAUAAGAAAAACUUAUAAAAGUGUGUUUAAUAACAUGCGACUACCAUUGUUAUUCAUCAUUAAUUUGUGACAAAAUGCACAGAUUAUUCCAAAAUUUGCUCUUAUACAUAUUAUGCUGUCUUUAUUUAAAUUCUUGUCAUGGUGAUUCACAUGGUGAAAAAUUGAGUAAAGCUGACUUUGAUAUAUGUGUUCAAGAAUGUGGCAGUCAGUAUGAAGAAUGUUCAAAAGCAAUACGUGGGUUGUGGAGAAAUUUUCAAAAAAAUAAAAAACAAAUCAUGAAAGUUAUGAAUAGUUGUUGUUUACGUGGUCAAGGUGAUCAUUCACAGCCAUCAACAUUAAGUUUUGCCACAUGUGUACGUGAUAGAUGUGGUGCAGAAUUAUGGGGAUGUAAUAUUAAGAAACGUCACAGUGGUUUUCUCACCGAACAAGAAAUUGAAUACAUCAAGCAAAAAGAAUCGCGCCAGAAAAAGAAAGCCUUACAAUAAGCAAAAAUAUUUCCUGAUAAAAUCUACUCAAAUAACUUGAUUAGCAGACGCACCUUAAUCAUUAGUAGUAUUUCUGUUUUCCAAACACAUUUUUGUUUGACGCACAAAUUCACGGAAAAUGUGUACUCAUAGUUAGUUUGUUUCUUUUUUAUUGAGAAACAGUGAUGGAAAUCGUAAUUAUAAUAAUUAACUACUUAACUGUUUUCGGAGUUUAACAGCUGUGAUUAAAUUUCUACAGAAAUGUAAAAUGUGGAAAAUAUAAUUUUAUUUAGAUUAAAA